AAGAGGCUCGGGGUGGGUGUUUUGUGACAAAGGCAAGAACCCAGGUCUACGUAGAGCGAGGCAGGUGAAGGAGGCAGCCAGGUGAACCCCCACACCUCCUGGCAGUAUGGAUUAUAAAUCAAGCCUGAUCCCGGAUGGGAACCCCAUGGAGAACCUGGAGAAGCAGCUGCUCUGUCCUAUCUGCCUGGAGGUGUUUACCAAGCCGGUGGUCAUCUUGCCUUGUCAGCACAACCUCUGCCGGAAGUGCGCCAGUGACAUCUUCCAGGCCGCAAAUCCUUUCUGGACCAACCGGGUUGGCUCCGUGUCCAUGUCUGGAGGCCGUUUCCGCUGCCCCUCCUGCCGUCACGAGGUGAUCAUGGAUCGUCAUGGAGUGUACGGCCUGCAGAGGAAUCUGUUGGUGGAGAACAUCAUUGAUAUCUACAAGCAGGAGUGCUCCAGUCGGCCCCUGCAGAAGGGCAGCCACCCCAUGUGCAAGGAGCACGAAGACGAGAAAAUCAACAUCUACUGCCUCACGUGUGAGAUGCCCACGUGCUCCAUGUGCAAGGUGUUUGGGGCUCACCAGGCCUGUGAGGUGGCCCCGCUGCAGAGCGUCUUCCAGGGACAGAAGACUGAGCUAAGUAACUGUAUCUCCAUGCUGGUGGCGGGGAACGACCGUGUGCAGACCAUCAUCACUCAGCUGGAGGACUCCUGUCGAGUGACCAAGGAGAACAGUCACCAGGUGAAGGAAGAGCUGAGCCAGAAGUUUGAUGUACUGUAUGCCAUUUUGGAUGAGAAGAAGAGUGAGCUGCUGCAGCGGAUCACGCGAGAGCAGGAGGAGAAGCUCAGCUUCAUCGAGGCCCUCAUCCAGCAGUACCAGGAACAGCUGGACAAGUCCACUAAGCUGGUGGAGACGGCCAUCCAGUCCCUGGACGAGCCUGGCGGGGCCAUCUUCCUCAUGAGUGCUAAGCAACUCAUCAAAAGCAUUGUGGAAGCUUCCAAGGGUUGCCAGCUGGGGAAGACAGAACAGGGCUUUGAAAAUAUGGACUACUUCACUUUGGACUUAGAGCACAUAGCAGACGCCCUGAAGGCCAUCGACUUUGGGACAGAUGAGGAAGAGGAAGAGUUCAUUGAAGAAGAAGAAGAUCAGGAAGAGUCCACAGAGAGAAAGGAAGAAGGACACCAGUAAGGAGCUGGAUGAGGGAGAGACCUUCUGGAUGCAAAGAGACUGGG